CGCAAAUCGCUGAAAGGCCAACCGAAUUGAAUCCUUUUCGCAAUCCAAAUGGAUGGAAGGAUACCGACAAUGCAGAAUACAAAAAUGAAGAAUAUCAGAACACUUCAUUUACAGCUAAUGAAUACGACGGACGAUAUCAACAAACGGAUGGAUUCAGACAAGGAAGUGUAGCUUCAGAGGGCAGCUCAUUUGUGUGCGAAGGUGAAGGUGGCGGUGGUACAAAUAUCGAUGAAUUUCAGGCCGCUUGGAAUGUCACCAAUGCGAUUCAAGGAAUGUUCAUCGUCUCGUUGCCGUUUGCUGUACUGCACGGCGGUUAUUGGGCUAUCAUAGCAAUGGUCGGCAUAGCAUACAUUUGCUGCUAUACGGGAAAAGUGUUGGUGCAGUGCUUGUAUGAACCCGACCCGAACACCGGCCAAAUGAUACGAGUUCGUGACAGCUAUGUUGCCAUUGCAAAGGUUUGUUUUGGACCAAAAUUGGGUGCUCGUGCCGUUAGCAUUGCCCAAUUGAUUGAGUUGUUAAUGACAUGUAUUUUGUAUGUAGUGGUGUGUGGGGAUUUAUUGGCAGGCACCUACCCUCAAGGUUCUUUUGACUCUCGAUCUUGGAUGAUGUUCGUGGGAAUAUUCUUGUUGCCAAUGGGUUUUUUGAAAUCUCUGAAAAUGGUAUCGACACUCUCAUUCUGGUGCACCAUGUCUCACAUUGUUAUUAAUGCCAUUAUUUUGGGCUAUUGCAUAUUACAGAUUGGGGAAUGGGGUUGGUCCAAAGUACGAUGGAGCAUUGAUAUGGAAAACUUUCCAAUAUCAUUGGGCGUGAUUGUUUUCUCAUACACAUCGCAAAUAUUUUUGCCUUCACUAGAAGGCAGUAUGAUCGAUCGUUCUAAAUUCAACUGGAUGUUGGAUUGGUCACAUAUAGCAGCAGCGAUUUUUAAAGCCGGUUUUGGCUACAUUUGCUUCCUCACUUUCCAAGAUGAUACACAGCAAGUAAUUACAAACAAUCUGCACUCACAGGGUUUUAAAGGAUUGGUGAAUUUCUUUUUGGUUAUAAAGGCACUACUUAGCUAUCCUUUGCCCUAUUACGCUGCCUGCGAACUACUUGAACGUAAUUUCUUCAGAGGGCCACCAAAAACGAAAUUUCCUACAAUAUGGCAUUUGGAUGGGGAACUAAAAGUUUGGGGCCUCGGAUUUCGAGUCGGUGUGAUAGUUGCAACAAUUAUGAUGGCUAUUUUCAUACCACAUUUUUCAAUUCUUAUGGGUUUCAUUGGUAGCUUCACCGGGACUAUGCUGAGCUUUAUCUGGCCUUGUUAUUUCCAUUUGAAAAUCAAAGGCCAUCUAUUGGAUCAAAAGGAAGUUGCAAAGGAUUACCUCAUCAUCGCUCUGGGAGUCUUGUUUGGCGUAAUAGGCAUUUACGAUUCUGGCAAUGCAUUAAUUAACGCCUUUGAAUUGGGGCUACCAUUUUAAGAGGGUCACCUUUACUAGGUACAAAUACUAUAGAAUAUUCCAUAAGAUUCCUCGGUGGGUCAUUAAAUAAAAAAUAAUAUUGGAAAGCACAGAUCGUAUGUUGCCAAGGUGAACGAACUCAUGAAAUUUGUUUCGGCAUUCCAUAUAAAAAAAACUAUUAUAAGUAUGUAUUUGGGGAUAUCUAUGUUGCAUUAAGAAAUUAAUUAAAUUUGCUUAGUAUUUACUUAAACGAUAAGUCAAAACCGACAAUUCGAACAAAAUGAAACGAAAACGAAGUCUUCCAAAAUAAUGUUGUAAAUGAGAUAUUUCAUAAACAUUAUAUAAAUACCUAUUUAUAAUUAUACAAAGUAAGAUAGCCUGCAAAAUGAAAAGUGAAAAAUGUCUUCCAAAACGAUUUAACACAUACAUAUAUAUACAUACAUAUGUAUAUAAUGUAAUAAUACUUAUUUACAUAGAAAUAAUCCAAAUGCACGCAGAUGUAAGUAUGUAUGUGUGUAUAGUUUAAGAUUAAAGUUGAAACAUGUCUUCCAUGAUAAUUGUAUCAAAUAUUAUAGAUAGAUCUUAUAUACAUACAUGUACAUGUAUUAAAUUAUAUGGAUAAUUUUUUUAAUGUUCAAAUACAUUAAAAGUAUAGCCUU